AUAUCUGAGGUGAAAAAGACCAAUAUAUCUACUUAGGCACUCUUAGCCUUAUUAACACAUACCACCUAUUUAUUAUUCUUCCCCUGAAAUGAUCAUAGCCUCUUUAUUCAUCAAAGUAUCAAACCUCUGCAAAUAAAACCAUACACACAACCUUAGAACAAAAAUUCAAUUCAAUUCUACACAGUUGAAAUGCAAGGGUCACCCUACAGUUCCAGAAAUCAAGAUGAUUCUGAGUUCAAUAACACCAAGCCUAGAAGGAACUCAGCAUCAUAUAUAAGAAACAUUAGAGAAGACAUAACAACAACAACAACAAGGUCUUUUAGAUCAAACACAACCAUUUCUAGCACUGCUUCCUCACCUGGAUACUCCAUUAAAGGAGAUGAAAUAGAUCCUUCAACUUAUUCUUUCAAUGCCGCUCUUAAAGCAUUGCAAACAAGGUACUAUAGAAGUAGCUGGGAAUGCUUAUCCCCAGAUGGGUUUGCAUUGAAUUCAAAGUGGAGUGAAGCAGAGAAAUAUAUAUGCAACCCAAUUUCAGGGGAAGUACCAAUGGAAUGCUUAUCAGCAAAAUCUCUUAGUGGAAGAUCAUUCAGAAAACCAUCAUCAACAAUAACCACUACUAUUAGAGUAGUGUCUGAUCCUCUAGUUUAUUCUUCAAGAGAUAUCCAAACAAAGCCUUCAAUCUACAGCAACAUACAAGAAGAAGAAGAAGAUGAUGAUGUAGCUCUUCAGUUUCCAAAUCCAGAAAUUGAGAGAGAGGAAAUGACAAUAGAGGCUGAUGGUACUCAAAAUACACCUCCUUAUCUUAGUACAAGCAGUGGCAAUAGUGCUCUAACAUCAUGCAUUCCAGAGAGAUCAAUAAAGCCAUACUAUGAAGAUUCACCUAAUUCAAUUGCCAUAACCAAAUCUAAAGAAGAGGUAGAAAUGCAAGGUAAAGAAACAUGGGAAACAACAAAAGAAUCAGAAAGAAGAAAGAAUGAGUAUAUGAAGAGAGAUGCGCAACUUUGCAGACGAAGUGGUGGGUGUUUUUCAUGGAUGAAGCACAAUAAGAGACAUAGAGAAAAUAAUGAAAGACACAGAAAGAAUACUACAUCUUUCUUGCAUUUUAAAGGUUGCUAAAGAAAGAGUUUGAAAAUAUCUUAAAAGAAUAAGUAGCAACUACAUUAGGAUGAUGAGAUGCCAAUAAUUUCUUUGUUCUCUCACUUUCUUAGGCAAUUUUCGCAACUUAUUACCAUGGUGGUAUAUUUUUUUCAUGAUUUUCUGUGCGAAUGCAAAUAAAUGAUGAUUUGUAUAUUUUGAAGUCUGUUAGUAUCUUCUUUUACCCCACUCCUUCUACUUAAUAAGAAGUGUAUAUAGAUUGACUUCACUUUGUUUUGAACUAAGGUUUUAAAUUCAUCGUAUUUCAUUAAAUCUAAAUAUAAUGUCGAAGAUGAACUAAGAUAAUUACUAAGAUUUUAUUCUUGAACAAAAAUAAGAUAGACCACUUGCUUGAAGAACAGUACAACUGAUGUGCAACUAGUAGGAAUUGAACCUAACAAUUUGUGGUUGUUGGUGGAAUAGUUUGGUUUCACAUAAGAGUAAAUGUAACUAAUUCUAACUAAUCACAUGACUAGCUAUAACAUGAGCUAGCUGUCACUGACUAUUAUAACUAACCACUUCUAACUAACUAUCUAUAAAUAGUAGGCCUAAUAAGAUUUUCAAAAUUAAUAAUCUAUCGCAUGGGCUAUGCUCAUCUUUGAAUUGCAAUUCUUUUCUUAUGAAUAUAUGUUAAAAUAAUUUACAAUGAUUGAAUACAUUUAAAUCUAAUACUUUUACAUCAUUCAAAGGACCCAAGUCUUGUGAUUUAUCUAAAGCAAAUAAGAUAGAAGAGUAGAAUAAAACGAUCAAGAACUUCAUGAAGAAGAUGAUUUGGGGUCUGUAUUGGAGAUAAGACGAACCUCGUAUAAAUCUUUUUCACCCUUAC